AUGGCUUCGAUCAAGGGUCCUGCUCCUGCGCCGUCCUCUUUCCCCGGCUCUGACAAGCUGCGCGUUGGUAUUGUGCAUGCGCGCUGGAACAAGGAAGUGAUCGAUGCGCUAGUGCAAGGCACUCUGGAGUCGCUGAGCAAGGCAGGUGUGCCGAGCGAGAAUGUCCUCAUCGAGUCUGUGCCUGGCAGUUGGGAGCUACCCAUGGGUGUUCAGACGAUGUUCGACCAGAAGAACGUCGAUGUCAUUGUUGGUAUUGGCUGUGUGAUCAAGGGCUCGACCAUGCACUUUGAGUACAUUUGCGAGAACGCGUUGCAGGGCAUGAUGCGUGUCAGCCUUGACGCGAGGAAGCCGGUCAUCCUGGGUGUGCUCACUGCGCUCAACGAUGACCAGGCGCUCGAACGUGCUGGCAUUGGUCGCAACGGCAAGGCUGGCCACAACCAUGGUCUCGAGUGGGGUACCGCCGCUGUGGAAAUGGCUCUCAAGCGCCAGCAGUAA